AGGAAGCGGAGGGAGCGGAGGGAGCGGAGGGAGCGGGGGGAGUAGUUCCGGCAGUUUCUUCGACCCUUCGAAAAUGAUGGGCAGUUUUCAGUUUAACCCAAACGGCCCAGGAGGAAAUCCCAUGGGCCAGCAGGGCGGAAACCCUAGUGGUAAUCCUCAGAUGACGGGCGGAAAUAAUCCAAGCGGUGGUGGGAAUGGAGGCGGAAGUAGUCCAAGUGGAGGCGGAAGUAGUUCAAAUGGAGGAGGAAGUGGAGGCGGAAGUAGUACAAGUGGAGGUGGAAGUAGUCCAAGUGGAGGCGGAAGUGGAGGUGGAAGUAGUCCAAGUGGAGGUGGAAGUAGUCCAAGUGGAGGUGGAAGUAGUCCAAGUGGAGGUGGAAGCAGUCCAAGCGCGGGCAGCCCCAGCAGUCCAGGCGGGGGGAACCCAUCCAGUCCCUCGGGCGCGAACCCCGGCAAUCCGGGCAGCAUCGCCAACCCUGCGUCAUCUGGGGCGACAGGAAUGUCCGGUGCUGGUGGAGGGGGCAUGGGCGGGAAUAGUAACAGCGGAAGCGGAAGCAGCCCAAAUGGAGGCGGGAGUGGUAGCGGAAGUGGAAGCGGAAGUGGAAGCGGAAGUAGUCCAAGUGGAGGCGGAAGUGGAAGUGGAAGCUCAUCAUCCCCGUCCAACAGCAGUCCUAUCGGCACUAAGCCAAACCCCGCCUCCGGGGGAGCCAGUGGGAGUGGGUCUGGUUCUGGCUCAGCCCCCUCAAACUCCAGUCCUUAUGGAGGAAACGGGGGGAGUGGAAGUGGAUCAGGAGGUAGUGGAUCUGGUGGAAAUGGAGGUAGUGGAUCAGGAGGUAGUGGAGGUUCCCAACCAUCAAACAGUAGUCCUUUCGGUAGUGGAAAUGGUGGAAGUGGAAGUGGAUCGGGAUCAGGUGGCAGUGGAGGUAGUGGAUCAGGCGGAGGUGGAUCAGGAGGUAGUGGAUCAGGUGGAAGUGGAUCAGGUGGAAGUGGUGGUUCCCAACCAUCAAACAGCAGUCCCUUUGGCAGUGGGAGUGGUUCAGGAGGUAGUGGGGGUGGAUCGGGAAGUGGUGGAAGUGGUUCAGGCGGUGGUGCUGCAGGUGCACAGGUGGGAACUCGGGUCCUUCGGGAGGAGGUUCAGGGGGAAGCGGGGGUUCCCAGCCAACAAACAGCAGUCCUUUCGGUAG